UACCCCAGGAUUGCCAACUCGCGCCAAUCCUCCUGCCUCAAUCUCUCAAGUCCUAGGAUUACAGGUGCGCUACCCAACCGCCGGCUUCCUCCAUCAAUUAUUUUUCUAACAGGGAAAACUAAUAGGUGUUGGGAACGUUUGUGCUCAUAGAGUUGAGCUAGUCGGUGUCAACUUCCAAGGCAAUCAUAUCCUGCAUCCAGAAUACCAGCAGUCAACAGAGGCAGUAGUCAGGGAAUUCAGGAAGCCCCCUGCCGGCCGGAUGACUAAACGCAGCCGCCAGUACGGUGAACCGAACCUAGUAACAGUUCUUAAUGUUGGGGAAGAGACUUCCGGUAGGGGCAUUCCCAUUUCCGUCCGAGCGCUUCGCCUUUGGGCCCGACCGGAAAUAACUGUAACCUGUUUAAAGCCACGUCUGUCCGGGCUUUGGUCCCGCCCACACGGCGUAAGUGUUUCCGGGGCGAGCGCAUUCUGGCCCGCCCCGCCCCUUCGCCGCCGGCGCGGUGCUGAGAGCCCCGGUGCUCCCGGAAGUUGCCUGCCCGGGCCUCUCGGUUGGGGUCUCCUGCACCCCUCUGCUCCUGAGGGCCCUAGGGGCGGUGGCAAUGGCGGAGGCGGCGCUGCUGCUGCUGCCCCAGGCGGCGGCCGAGCGGGACGCUCGAGAGAAGCUGGCCCUCUGGGAUCGGAGGCCUGACACGACGGCGCCGCUGACCGACAGGCAGACGGACUCGGUGCUGGAGCUGAAGGCGGCGGCGGAGAACCUGCCAGUGCCGGCCGAGCUCCCAAUUGAAGACUCGUGCAGCUUAACAUCCCAGUCACUGCCCCUUGACUUGACUUCAAUAGUGCCUGAAUCUACAGAAGACAUUCUCUUGAAGGGUUUUACUUCCUUAGGAAUGCAAGAAGAAAGAAUUGAGACCGCACAGCAGUUUUUUUCCUGGUUUGCAAAGCUGCAAACUCAAAUGGAUCAGGAUGAAGGAAUAAAAUAUAGACAGAUGAGGGAUUACUUGUCUGGGUUUCAGGAGCAGUGUGAUGCUAUACUGAAUGAUGUAAACAGUGCCCUUCAGCACCUGGAGUCAUUACAGAAGCAGUAUCUUUUCGUGUCUAAUAAGACAGGAACCCUACAUGAAGCCUGUGAACAGCUGCUAAAAGAACAGUCGGAACUUGUUGAUCUGGCUGAAAAUAUUCAACAAAAGCUUUCUUAUUUUAAUGAAUUGGAAACUAUUACUACAAAAUUGAAUUCUCCAACGUUGUCUGUGAAUAGUGAAGGAUUUAUACCUAUGCUGGCCAAGUUAGAUGAUUGUAUAACCUACAUUUCAUCUCAUCCUAAUUUUAAAGAUUAUCCUGUAUACUUACUGAAGUUUAAACAAUGUCUUUCUAAAGCAUUGCACCUCAUGAAGACGUAUACUGUGAACACACUGCAGACUCUCACAAAUCAGUUACUUAAAAGGGACCCUUCAUCUAUACCUAAUGUAGACAAUUCCUUCACGCUAUUUUAUGUGAAGUUUCGAGCUGCUGCACCCAAAGUCAGAACUCUUAUUGAACAAAUAGAAGAGCGAUCUGAAAAGAUACCUGAAUACCAGCAACUGCUCAGUGAUAUCCACCAAUGUUACCUUUUCCAACGGGAGCUCCUUUUGGGCCCUAGUAUUGCCUGUACUGUCGCAGAGUUAACCAGCCAAAAUAAUAGAGACCAUUGUGCCUUGGUUCGCAGUGGCUGUGCCUUCAUGGUCCACGUGUGCCAGGAUGAGCACCAACUUUACAACGAAUUUUUUACAAAGCCGACACCAAAAUUAGAUGAGCUUUUGGAGAAACUGUGUAUGUCAUUGUAUGAUGUCUUCAGGCCAUUGAUCAUUCAUGUCAUUCACUUAGAAACUCUAUCUGAACUUUGUGGAAUUCUUAAAAAUGAAGUCCUUGAAGAUCAUGUACAGAACAAUGCUGAACAAUUAGGGGCAUUUGCAGCUGGAGCAAAGCAGAUGCUGGAAGAUGUGCAAGAGAGGCUUGUGUAUCGAACCCAUAUCUAUAUUCAGACUGACAUCACAGGCUACAAACCGGCUCCUGGUGACCUGGCUUAUCCCGAUAAGUUAGUCAUGAUGGAGCAAAUUGCGCAGAGUUUAAAAGAUGACCAGAAGAAGGUACCUUCAGAAGCUUCGUUUUCAGAUGUUCGGUUAGAAGAAGCAGAGUCUAACAGUCUGUCGAAAUCUGGUUCAACCGAAUCCCUCAAUCCUAGACCACAGACCACAAUUUCUCCAGCAGAUCUUCAUGGAAUGUGGUACCCUACAGUUCGAAGGACUCUUGUCUGUCUCUCCAAAUUAUACAGAUGCAUAGAUAGGGCGGUGUUCCAAGGAUUAUCUCAGGAAGCAUUGUCAGCCUGCAUUCAGUCCUUACUUGGAGCAUCAGAGUCUAUCACCAAAAACAAGACUCAGAUUGAUGGGCAGCUUUUCUUAAUUAAGCACCUUUUGAUUCUUCGUGAACAAAUUGCUCCAUUUCACACUGAAUUCACCAUUAAGGAAAUUUCCCUGGACCUCAAGAAAACUAGAGAUGCAGCAUUUAAAAUCCUGAACCCCAUGACUGUUCCAAGAUUUUUUAGGCUGAAUAGCAACAAUGCCUUGAUAGAGUUCUUGUUGGAGGGUACUCCUGAGAUAAGAGAACAUUAUCUUGACUCUAAAAAAGACGUAGACCGGCAUCUGAAAUCAGCCUGUGAACAGUUUAUUCAGCAGCAGAGCAAGCUGUUUGUAGAGCACCUGGAGGAGUUCAUGACAAAGGUUUCAGCAUUAAAAACAAUGGCCAGCCAGGGAGGUCCCAAGUAUACCCUCUCCCAACAGCCUUGGGCCCAACCAGCGAAGGUUAGUGACCUUGUGGCAGCUGCCUAUAAGACAAUAAAAACAAAGCUGCCCCUGACCUUGAGAAGCAUGUCGCUGUACCUGUCCAAUAAAGAUACAGAGUUCAUUUUAUUUAAACCUGUUAGGAAUAACAUUCAGCAAGUCUUUCAGAAGUUCCACGCUCUGUUGAAGGAAGAGUUCAGUCCCGAAGACAUCCAGAUCAUUGCUUGUCCUUCCAUGGAACAGGUAAACCUCCUGCUGUCAGUUCCUAAAUAAUCAGGAUGGUCAGGAAGUAGAGAAUGGGCUGAAAAGCCUUGCAGCCUGCAGGACUCUGAGGACUCCUACGUGAGACUGUCCCCAAGACCUCCACUAGCGUGCUGCUCAGUGCUAACUGUAAAGGAGGCAUAAGCAAAGUGUUGAAAAGAUAGGUGUUUCUCUUUGAAAACAUCAAAAUGCCAAAGAUGAAUGGAUCCUCAUUUAAAUGGACACAAGAAAUGUAAGUUUUUGAGAGGUAGCCAUGGGAGCUUGAAGUGAAAUGUUUCUUCACAAAAGUUGUGCAAUAAAAAUAGGUUAUAAUGAGUAUUGCUAAGAACUUUAUGGAAAUACAGCUUAUGAGAAAGCUGCUAAAGGUAAGGUUUGCUAAUGCAUGAAACACAAAACCCUUUCAGCAACACUUCUAACCACUGAGCAUUCCACAGUGACUAUUUUUUUACUUUCACAAACUUUAUUUCUUUUGAGACAAGGUCUCACUAUACAGUUCAGGCUGGCCUUGAACUUUCUAUGUAGCCCAGGCUGGCCUUGAACUUCAGUUGAUCCUCCUUCCUCAAAAACCUUAUUUCUAUAUUUCUAUAUUUAAUGUAAUGUUUCUCUUAUAAUUUGAUGUUUGGUUGGGAGUAGCUUCCAAGAAUGCAUCUUAUUUUGCUGGGAUUCAGGGUGUUUCUGUUUGAUGUAAGGGCAUCGUGGACAGUUCCAGGAUCUGAACUCCUUGAACUGCUGUGGUACGAAGUGUUCAAAGCAGGGAGCUGCAGCCUCUUGCUGAGGGUAUAGUUCUUCCAUGUGGAUCUUUGGUACAGCCAUCAGUGGGAUGAGUGAGAAUUACAAAUUAAGGUGUCUUCACGCUUACGUAUAAAGGGGAGGUGGAAACCUGAUGAGUAGCAGGUCUCCUGAAUGAAGCUUAGUUACAGCCUUCUGCAGGCAGCCUCUGGUUGCAGCUGCUGUUUGUAAAGUGGCACUUUGAUGUGUGUUGCAUGUGUCUAGCAGCCUGUGUUGUGCUGUGCACCAGGCUGGUGGGCUUCCAUCCCUGCUACAGCAGAGUAUGUUUUGCCAACACACAUAGGACAACAAACACUGCCCACGUCUUAGAAACACCACACCCCAUCAGGGAUCACACAUGAAACAAAACAGUGGAUUUCCUACAAAUCCCUUCCUCUUUAAAUUUGGAGCUAGAUUGUACCUCUAAUGUUGUAAAUGUAGUGUGGUUGUUUCAGAAAGAAUUCUGAAUUCCUUAAACCCUGGUGUGGAGGCAAGACAAAAAGAGCUCUGGAGUGGCCAGAGACCCCUUGGUGCAGGCGGUGUCACUGUGCCCAUGCUGCACACAUGCGUGCGUACUGAGUGAGUUCUUCACAGGUGCAGUUAGUUCCAUUCUGGUGUCUGUCAAAUGUAAGAGGUCCUUUGUUUUUAAUCACUUUUAUUUUGGCAGGGGAUGUUUCUUGAUAAGAGUUUGUUAUUCUUACGUUUUGAGAAGGUAGAAGGUAAGAAGGCCAUAUUCUUUCUUUGCCUUGAAAUGAAUGAAUUAGGAAGAUUGUAUUUACUUCUACUUACCGUUUUAAAUACAUUUAUAAAAUAAACUGUAAAAUAUCUGGUUUUGUGUAUUAUAUGUACAUUUGGUUUUUAAAUAGUCUUCCCAAAGAAAUGAGGGCAUGAUUAUUGUAUUAUACUGUGACUGAUGUAGUUUGAUGUACAGAGAGUAUUCUUCAGGACAAAACAUUUAAUGGCAGUUGUUGUGUUUUGAUCUUUUGUUGCUGAAACACUCAAACACCUUACAAAGUGCUAAGUAGGUGAUAGUGAUCCAACUUGUUAAGUGAAUAUUUGUUUAAAUCUGUACAGUUUCAAGUGUUUACUUAUACAAAAAGUGUACAUAGUUUCAAAUAAUUUAAAAUGCUUUAUAUUAUGAGUAGAAAUUGUUUUUAAUAAAUGAAUUUUUAAGAAAAUAAAGAUUUUUUUACUGUUUUGUGUCUGAUAA